AGGGUAUGGGGUACGAUGUCUAUAGUGACGCGAGCAUCCAAGGGCUUGGAUGUGUGUUAAUGCAGGAGGGGAGGGUAAUUGCCUAUGCUUCACGACAGUUGAAGAAGCAUGAGGUAAAUUACCCCACCCAUGAUCUAGAGUUGGGAGCAGUGGUGUUCGCACUGAAGAUUUGGAGACAUUAUCUCUACGGAGAGACAUGUCACAUAUACACUGACCAUAAGAGCUUGAAGUACGUGUUUACUCAGAAAGAGUUAAACAUGAGGCAGAGACGGUGGAUGGAGUUGAUAAAGGACUACCACCUAGUGAUUGAGUACCAUCCAGGCAAGGCAAAUGUAGUGGCAGAUGCUUUGAGCCGGAAGAGCUCAACUGGGGCAUUGAUAGCUAAUUUGAGGGCAUUAAGAGCCCAACUGGAGGUGUCCAGUAAUGGUGCCUUAUUGGCGCGGUUUGAGGUGAGACCUACUUUGCUUGAUGAGAUCAAGAAGGGUCAGGAAACGGACGAUGAGAUUGUGAAGAUCAGGGAACGCUUGCAAGCGGGACCGGUGGAGGACUUCAGAGAAAGAGACGACGGUCUUUUAUUAUUUCGUGACCGAGUGUGUGUGCCGGCAGAUGAUGAGCUCCGAAAGUCCAUCUUAGAGGAAGCUCAUUCAUCGGCUUAUGCCAUGCACCCGGGGGGCACGAAGAUGUAUCGCGAUUUGAAAGAAAGUUACUGGUGGUCCGGUAUGAAGAGGGAGAUAGCCGAGUACAUCAGUCGGUGCCUUACUUGUCAGCAAGUCAAGGCAGAGCAUCAGCAUCCAGCUGGGUUAUUACAGCCACUUUCCAUUCCAGAAUGGAAGUGGGAGCAUGUGACUAUGGAUUUCGUGGUGGGGUUGCCACGGACCGUGAACAACUAUGAUGCGGUAUGGGUAGUAGUUGAUAGGCUCACCAAGAGUGCUCACUUUUUGCCUAUUAACAUCACUUACCCUCUUGAAAGAUUGGCGAAGCUAUACACGGAGGAGAUUGUAAGACUACAUGGAGUCCCGAUAUCCAUUGUCUCGGAUAGGGAUCCACGAUUCACAUCUCGAUUUUGGCCCUAGUUUCAAGCAUCUUUGGGUACUAAAUUGAAGUUUAGCACGGCUUUUCAUCCACAGACGGAUGGACAAUCCGAGCGAGUGAUACAGAUAUUGGAGGACAUGCUUAGGGCGUGUGCUCUGGAGUUCCAAGGAAGUUGGGACAAACAUUUGGCUCUAGUCGAGUUCGCCUAUAACAAUAGUUAUCAGGCGAGCAUUGGCAUGCCUCCAUACGAGGCAUUGUAUGGGAGGAAGUGCAGGACACCGUUAUGUUGGGACGAGGUUGGCGAGGCCAAGCUCGAGGGGAUUGAACUUGUUGAAAUCACCAAGACUAAAGUGAAAGUCAUUCAGGAUAGACUCAAGACUGCCCAAGAUCGGCAGAAGAGCUAUGCCGAUAAACGACGCAGGCCAUUGGAGUUCGAGGUCGGUGAUAAGGUCUUCCUAAGAAUUUCUCCCUGGAAGGGUAUCAUCCGAUUUAUAUCGAGGGGAAAACUCAACCCCCGAUACAUUGGUCCGUUUGAAAUCCUUGAAAGGAUUGGGGCGGUGGCUUACCGUCUCAAGCUGACGCCGGAACUUGAGAAGAUACACGACGUGUUUCAUGUAUCGAUGCUCAAGAAAUACGUGAGAGAUCCAUCUCAUGUUCUUGAGAAGCCACCGGUGGAGAUACGUGAAGAUCUACAAUAUACAGUGGAACCGGUAAAGGUUGUGGGUCAACAGGUGAAGAAAUUGAGGAACAAAGAGAUUCCUAUGGUAAGAGUUCUUUGGAGGAGUGAUCGAGUCGAAGAAGAAACCUGGGAGACCGAGGUCUCAAUGAGGGAGCAAUACCCGUUCCUUUUCGAUUAGACACAUGGAUUUCGGGGACGAAAUCCCAAAUAAGGGGGGGUGAACUUGUAACACCGUCCCCAAAAUGUAUUUACUUUUAAGUGAAUAAUAUUGUAUUUAACCUUGUGGAAUGGUUAACGAGUUUACAAUGUUAUGGAUUCUUAUUAAUUAUUUUGCGCGAAUAGUAAAUUCGCACGUGGGGCCCGCACCGGGAGCGGGGGCCGCCCAAUACUCCCGGGACUACAUAAACUAUCCAUCUCGGUCUAGAUAAUAUUUAUAUGGUGGAGGAUAACUCACUUGAGCCAUGGAAAGGUCCGGAGUUGACCGAUUGGUCAAAAGAGGCCUAAAUACCGAUAUUGGCAAUUUAACCGAUAAAAGCCCGAAAUUGAAUUUCGGGGACUUAUAAAUUAAAGUUGGGGUAUGAAUAUUCAUCAUAAGAGUCUUAAUGAUGGAGAACACAUAAUAUAUUUUAUUUGACCCGAUAAAAUAAAAUGUAUUUUAAAUGGUCCGAAAAACACAACUUUCGGGACAAAGUGUACACUUCUGGACAAAAGGGGUUGACCUCCCACAUGGGUGGGGGCCAACCCACGAAAUUAGCCACAUUUUUUCAUGAUUUGGCCGGCUGGUGUGGUAGAAGAAGCAUGAGAGAUGUGUGUGAAGUGAUGGAGAAAGCAUCAAACAAAAUGGGAUGGGCCCUCAUCCUUACUCAUUGAUCAAUGAGACAAAAGACAACCCCAAACCCCCCUCUCCUCUCAUUUUCUCGGCCAGCAUCCAUCCAUCAAGAGCAAGGGAGCUCUCAAGCCUAUCCUCCAUUGUUGAAGAGAACUCUACAAGGAAGAACCUCAAGAAAAGGAGCUAAAGUGCUAAAAGUGAGGAAAAACUAGGAACUUGAUUAAAGUAUUUUUGGAGCUUCGCCGGAGUUUCGCCGGAGUUGGUCAAAGUUGGCCGGAGUUGGUCAAAGUUCACCGGAAAUAGUCAAAGUUCAACCGCGGAGCGUAGAACACGCUUAAGCUCACUUAAGUUUCAGGUAGAACUUGAAGGUUGCUACCAUCACCGUUGCUUCGGGCGGAUUUUCAAGGAGAGGAGACGUGGUUCGUGCUUCCUCCGUUUCUGUUUUAAACAUUCAAAUUAAUGCUCAUGGAUACUAUUUUCCGAAUAAUUAUUUAGGGCUUGCACGCCCGUGUUUGCCACGUGUGGCUCGAAUGCUGUAUUAAUAUUUCCGCUGCUUAAUUAAAUGAUUUACAUUGUGAUUGUUUAUGGAUGUACUAAUGUGAAUGGUAUUCAAGACGCCUUGUAUGGUAUGGAUGAGUUGGACUGCGGUUGACUAUUCGUACUGUACGGCGGGUUGUUGACGUGUCCGGGAGGGUCCGGGGCGUGACACCGACUAUAUUGCUUAUAACCUUUGGGUUAAUUUCAUGAGAUUUCCUAAAUGAAUACACAAUGUGAUUUGCAUGGAUUAUUAAUGGUUAAUAAUGCCUAAAUGAAAUUACUAGUGAAU